AUGAAACAAAAAAGAUCUUCAAUGGUGGGCUAUCACAAUAAUAUCACCUAUAUUGUGCUAACAGGUUUCCCAAAUAUAAAAAGCAUAAAAAUUAUAUUUUUCCUGGUGCUGUGUUUCAUAUAUUGUGUUACUAUUUCUGGAAAUCUCUUCAUUGUGAUUUUAUAUCAUCUGAGUAAAACACUUCAGUCUCCCAUGUACCUCUUCAUCACCCAACUAUCAUUGCUUGAUAUAAAUCUGUCUACAGAUAUUCUUCCCAACUUUCUUUAUAUUAUCUUACAUGAUGGAUGUACCAUGUCUCUUGCUGGAUGUAUCUUCCAGUUCUCCUUCUUUGUACAUGCUGAGACCUCAGAGUUUUUUCUACUGACUGUGAUGUCAUAUGACCGGUAUUUGGCCAUCUGUAAGCCUCUGCAUUACAACUCUAUAAUGAACCAAUCAAUUUGCAUUAAAUCAGUGAUUAUCAUUUGGUUACUGGGUUUUACAAUAACAUUGGUUGAUUCAAUAUCUUUGUGCAGUUUAUACUACUGUGGACCAAACAUCAUUCAUCACUUCUUCUGUGACUUUGAACCAAUACUUGAGCUUUCCUGCUCCGAUACUUCAUGGAUCCAUAGUGAGAUCUAUGUAUUAGGUUUCAUCUGUAUUGUAGCACCUUUUAUAUUAAUUGUUAUAUCGUAUAUCUAUAUUGUUAUAACCAUCCUCAAAAUUAAAUCAAUCACAGGAAGACAAAAGUCCUUCACCACCUGCAGCUCUCACUUGACGGUAGUUUGCAUUUUUUACGGGACGCUAAUUGCUGUGUAUUUGUUUCCAACAAAAGGACAACUGGAUAUUCUGAACAAGGUCCUCUCUCUCGUUUACACUCUGAAGAAGUGGCUUGGAAACAUGAAACAAAAAAGAUCUUCAAUGGUACAGAACAAUUCCAAUGAAAUGUCACUAACUACUACUAGCUUUACUGUGACUUGGAUCAACGAGAACCUUCACAGACAAUGA